AUGAAGCUUGUCAAUGGUCAUACUGUCAACAGUGCAGUGCUUGCUCACUAUCUCUCAUGGCUACCUGAUCAAGAUGAGGCUUCCAUACUCAAGCUCCUGAAUCCAGAUGACCCCCAAGACGUACCUCGUGCAAUCAAACUUAUGCAAGCCAUAAUCACCCUUUCCAAAAACAAAUUCGACACUGCAACAAUGUCUGUCAGUGAAUGUGCCAAUAUUGCGGCCAUCAAAAUUCUUUGUGCUAUCCUAGAAUCUCUCCUCCUCCCAUUUGUCAAUGUCACACUGUUGCUGCACCAACAGAUUGCUCAUCUUAGUUGCUAUGCGCACCUCACAUUUACAUUUUUCCGUCUGCACCACUCUGCAUUCAUGCUGCAUGUUCUCUAUUAUGACUCACAGACGAUGGUGAAAAAUGCGUGCUUUUGCAUCGCAAAGCAACAGAAACUUGAUGGGUCGCAGAAGUUUUGGCUCAUUCAGACUGGUGAUGACCACCUGGAGAAGCUGUUUGGUAUCACACAAAUGAGGGGCCAGCAUAAUUCCACCAUGAAUUAUUCACAGGCACUUGAUCACAUCGGCGCCACCAAGGAUAUUGAUACUGUUUUCAAGAAACACCCAGACCUUGAAUCUGGCUCAUGA